CCAUUCAUUAUAUCAUCAUUUCAGACUCUCUCUCUCUCUCCAUUCUUCAGCUCAGAGAGAGAGAGAGAGAGAUGGCGAGUUCCAUUUCUUCGAUGUCAACACGUUUUUGUUUCAUCCUUAACAACAAUGGUAGUCACAAACCAAACCCAUGGCUCUAUCAACCAUCGUUAAGCUCGAACAGUCUCAUAUUCUAUUCAAAGCAUCAUCCUCAUCGUCGUCCACUAUCUUCUUCUUCCCAGAUUCCCGUCGUAGAGACUGAUGAAGGCGACGACAAAGAUGGCCUUACAUUCAGUGGUUGCAGCGGAUGCGGGAAGGAGGUGAAGGAGAAUGGUUGCAACGGCGACGGACGGAUUCAAGGAGGCAUUGCCACUGUCCCUGGCUUCGGUUGGUGGCCCAUUAAGGCUUACCGGCCUUGUCCCGGUUUCGUUGAGGCCGGAGGUAGAUACCGCCGCAUAGGGCAGAGCAUGGAUGAGGUUGCCUUUGGUCGCGGUGACUCUAAAUCCUCCACCGAUUCCUAGCUUUAUGGCUCAGGUAAAAAAUUGCAAACAUAUACCAGUUUUUAAUUGGACUAUUGAAACAUAUUCAGAUUUUCAAUUUAGAGAAAGUCUUAUGUAACAUUACAAAGUAAAUGUUUAAAUAGAAUUUUGCACAAAUGAUGUUUAAAUAGUUGUUUGAGACUGUCUUGCAGAGCAAUGAUCUCUUGCUUUGCUUCUA